AUGGUCGUGUACGACAUCCCAACAUUGUCAAGGCUCUUGAAGCCUUCACUACCGAGACAUCGUUCUACAUUCGUCCUCGAGUACAUGCCCAUCUCCCUCUACCAGAUCGUAGAGAUUGCUAAAUAUCCUACGGAAUCGGAACUAGCAGCUAUCCUCAGGCAGGUCCUCGACGGCUUAAUCUAUCUCGAAAGCGAGGGGCUCGAACAUGGCUCUAUCAAUUGCCGGAACAUCCUCCUUAGCACCGGGGGCGAUGUAAAAAUUGCAAACCAACAAUGCUGUGAGAAAACCGAGAAAACUCAGAGAAAUCGGGAGCCUCAGGAUGUCAGAGCGCUCGGAAUCAUCACGAUGGAAUUAAUGCAGAAGUACACGCAGGACAAUGGAGCAGUCGGCGUAGAAAAUUUGGAUCGUUGGCCUUCUGACUCCGACGCCGUCACAUUCCUUUCCGAGACAACGUCGGCUGCGUCCGCACGCGAAUUAAGAAAGCAUGCACUUCUGCGACAUGGUGACCAGAAAGAUGUUCUUAUGGGGUUGGUUUCUUUAGCUGAAAUUUGUGCACGGAGAUACUUUUCGUGCAGUGCGUAG